GCGGGGGCCGGCGCCGGGCGGCCACGUGGUGGUGCUGCCGCCGCCCCCGCCCCGCCGGCCCAGCCCCGGAGCCGCGGCGCCCACGGACCCCCGCAGCGGGGGGAGGAGGAGGAGGAGGGACCGAGGCUCAGGAAGCCGAGCAGGAAGCGAGCCCGGCGGCCGCGUUUUCCUGGGGAAGCGGCGGGCGGGGUGGCGCAGCCAGCGGGGCCGACCCGGGGAGUCGCUGCCGCCGCCUAGAUGGGCCAAUCCAGAGGUUCUCAACCUGAAAUUUUCCUAGCUCUACAGAUUGAAGGUGCUGAAGGUCUCCUCUAGAGCUGUGGAAGGCUGAAUGGACUAAACAUGAAGAGCUUGAAAGCCAAGUUCAGGAAGAGUGAUACCAACGAGUGGAACAAGAAUGACGACCGACUGCUGCAGGCCGUGGAGAAUGGAGAUGCCGAGAAGGUGGCCUCGCUGCUGGGCAAGAAGGGGGCCAGCGCCACCAAGCAUGACAGCGAGGGCAAGACCGCUUUUCACCUUGCUGCUACAAAAGGACACGUGGAAUGCCUCAGGGUCAUGGUUGCACACGGCGUGGAUGUGACAGCCCAAGAUACUGCCGGACACAGUGCUUUGCACCUCGCAGCCAAGAACAGCCACCAUGAAUGCAUCAAGAAGCUCCUUCAGUCUAAAUGCCCAGCUGAAAGUAUCGACAGCUCUGGGAAAACAGCUUUACAUUAUGCAGCCGCACAGGGCUGCCUUCAAGCUGUGCAAGUCCUUUGCGAGCACAAAAGCCCCAUAAACCUCAAGGAUUUGGAUGGGAAUAUACCACUGCUUCUUGCAGUGCAAAAUGGCCACAGUGAGGUCUGUCGCUUUCUUCUGGAUCAUGGAGCAGAUGUAAAUUCCAGAGACAAAAAUGGAAGAACUGCUCUCAUGCUGGCUUGUGAGAUUGGCAGCUCAAACAUUGUAGAAGCCUUAAUUAAAAAGGGUGCAGACCUAACCCUUGUAGAUUCUCUUGGACACAAUGCCUUACAUUAUUCCAGACUCUCGGAAAAUGCAGGAAUUCAAAGCCUUCUAUUAUCAAAAAUCUCUCAGGAUGCUGAUUUAAAGACACCAACAAAACCAAAGCAGCAUGAUCACGUCUCUAAAAUAAGCUCAGAGAGAAGUGGAACUCCAAAAAAACGCAAAGCUCCACCACCUCCUAUCAGUCCUACCCAGUUGAGUGAUGUGUCUUCCCCAAGAUCAAUAACUUCAACACCACUUUCAGGAAAGGAAUCAGUAUUUUUUGCUGAACCACCCUUCAAGCAGGCUGAGAUUAGUUCUAUACGAGAGAACAGAGACAGACUAAGUGACAGUACUACAGGUGCUGAUAGUUUAUUGGACGUAAGUUCUGAAGCUGACCAGCAAGAUCUUCUUGUCCUAUUGCAAGCAAAAGUUGCUUCUCUUACCUUACACAAUAAGGAAUUACAAGAUAAAUUACAGGCCAAAACACCCAGAGAGGGGGAAGCAGACCUGAGCUUUGACUCUUACCAUUCUACUCAAACUGACUUGGCCCCAUCCCUGGGCAAACCUAGUGAAAACCCUCCUCAAGACUCCAAACCAUCUCCAUCUGUCAUAACACAUUCCUCCAGUAAAUCCACUCUCGACAGUGAUGUCAGAAUCCAGCAACUCCAAGAGGUUUUACAUGACUUGCAGAAGAGACUGGAGAGCUCUGAAGCGGAGAGGAAACAGCUGCAGGCCGAGCUCCAGACCAGGAGGACAGAAUCAGUGUGCUUAAACAACACCGAGAUCUCAGAGAACGGCUCCGACCUCAGUCAGAAACUUAAGGAAACUCAGAGCAAGUACGAGGAAGCUAUGAAAGAAGUCCUGAGUGUGCAGAAGCAGAUGAAGCUGGGCCUGGUCUCACCAGAAAGCGUGGACACUUACUCACACCUGCAUGAGCUGAGGAUCACCGAGGAAGAAAUGGACGUGCUCAAGCGGGACCUCCAAGGUGCCCUGGAAGAAAGUGAACGAAAUAAAGAGAAAGUGAGAGAGUUAGAGGAGAAGCUGGCAGAAAGGGAGAAAGCGGCAGUUAUGCAGCCACCAAAGGAGGAGUAUGAGGAAAUGAAAAGUUCCUAUUGCACGGUGAUUGAGAAUAUGAAUAAGGAGAAAGCAUUUUUGUUUGAGAAAUACCAAGAGGCACAAGAAGAAAUCACAAAACUGAAAGAUACAUUGAAAAAUCAGAUGACCCAGGAGGCGGGUGAUGAAGCUGAGGACAUGAAAGAGGCCAUGAACAGGAUGAUCGAUGAACUCAACAAGCAGGUGAGUGAGCUGUCCCAGCUAUACAAAGAGGCCCAGGCAGAGCUGGAGGAUUACCGGAAGAGGAAGUCUCUAGAAGAUGUCACAGCUGAAUAUAUCCAUAAAGCGGAGCAUGAGAAGCUGAUGCAAGUGACCAACGUAUCCAGAGCCAAGGCCGAAGAGGCACUGUCCGAAAUGAAGUCUCAGUAUUCAAAAGUGCUAAAUGAGCUGACCCAGCUCAAACAGUUGGUAGACGCACAGAAAGAGAACUCUGUCUCCAUCACGGAGCAUUUGCAAGUGAUAACCACUCUGCGGACCACUGCCAAAGAGAUGGAGGGAAAAAUAAGCAGUCUGAAAGAGCACCUGGCGAGCAAGGAAGGGGAGGUGGCGAAGCUGGAGAAACAGCUCCUAGAGGAGAAGGCGGCUAUGACGGACGCGAUGGUGCCCCGGUCUGCCUACGAGAAGCUCCAGUCAUCUUUGGAAAGCGAAGUGAGUGUGUUGGCCUCAAAAUUAAGGGAUUCCGUGAAAGAGAAAGAGAAGGCCCAUUCAGAGGUUGCCCAGAUUAGAAGUGAGGUCUUGCAGAUGAAAAGGGAAAAGGAAAACAUUCAGACUCUCUUGAAAUCCAAAGAGCAGGAAGUAAACGAACUUCUGCAAAAAUGCCAGCAUGCUCAGGAAGAACUUGCAGAAAUGAAGAGACAUUCCGAGAGCUCCUCCAAACUGGAAGAGGAUAAAGACAAGAAGAUAAAUGAGAUGUCCAAGGAAGUCACCAAGUUGAAGGAGGCCCUGAACAGCCUCUCACAGCUCUCCUACUCUGCCAGCUCCUCCAAGAGGCAGAGCCAGCAGCUGGAGGCGCUGCAGCAGCAGGUCAAACAGCUGCAGAACCAGCUGGCGGAAUGCAAGAAACAACACCAGGAAGUGAUAUCUGUUUACAGGAUGCAUCUUCUGUACGCCGUGCAGGGCCAGAUGGAUGAAGAUGUCCAAAAAGUACUGAAGCAAAUCCUUACCAUGUGUAAGAACCAGUCCCAGAAGAAGUAAAGUGGAUUCCUUGGCAGGACACUGGCCCCUUGUUGUCCACCCUUGUGUUAUAUCCGGAGUUGUCGGCAGCCACUGCCAUUGUUCUCAUUCGUGGUAUCACUGUGACCCUUAUCAUAGAACUUCUUCCCUUUCCAGAGACUUCUGAGGACAGGUCCCUGGAGAAGACUGUCCUCCUUAGAACCGCUGAGAGACUUCAGAGCAGCAGAGGGGAAAGAUGCUGUCACCCCCCGCUUCUGACCAGAGCUGGGAUCAGUCACGCUCAGGAGUCUGGUCCCUGCGCUGGUAGCGGGGUAUCUUUCCCGAUACCUGCCUAGCUAAGGGGCUCCAUGGCUGCAUGACAUGAUGCCCCACGCAGCCGUGCUUCUGUUCCUACACUUGGGCCGUGCCAUUCAGCACAGCAGGGUUCUCUUUACCUUUGGUUUCCUACCCCCCACAACACGAUUCAAUUUCUAACCAAAUUAGUAUGACACUAGUUAUGCGCUAUGUGCUUAAGAUCCUUCAUCGUGAUAUCCUGUGGAUUUAAAAACUUUAAUUCCAUCUUUUUUCCCAUCUGCCUUAUAUUUCUCACCACCCUGCUGUCAAUCUUACAAUCAGAUGAGCACUAUUAACUUAAAUAUGAAGUUUAAAAACAAAAGCAAAUUGUCCUUAAAAGUUCUUUCUUAAGUGCAUAGCUGACAUGUUGCAAAUUUUCUAUGCAAACUUGCCUCCUGCUGUUUGUUAUCCACGAAGCUCAGGAAAUCCAAACAUUUGUGUUUCAACAAGGGACAGUAAACUGUGUGUUUACAGCCAAAAGAAAUGCCUCAUAGUUUUUAACCUCAAUUUUUUAAAAGUGUUUUUUUUCUGUACAAUAUUUUUAUUGGCUCUUAAAGAUGUUUUCAUAUCUAAAUCCCUAAGUAAGUGAAAUUUACAUUAGACUAUAUUAACAAAGUAUUUUUUAGGUAAUCAUGCUUAAGACUUUAUAUACAUAACUUUUUUCUCCACGUUUUCAGCUAUAGCAGAAGGUAGUUAUAUAUUCCACUCAAAAUGAGCUGCCACCAACACCCCUAGACUUUCUGCCAUUUGUUCUUAGGACUGUAGCACGUCUUUAAAUAUAGUAAAUCCUCUUUAGCCCAUUGAAUAUUUCUGAGUGCCCCAACUCUACCAGCACCUGUAAAUUACCUCGAGAAGGACUGUGAGUACCAGUGGGUUUUUCUACUUUGAAACAAAAAAUCCUGGUAUACGUUACAGUGCCUAGCCGAGGUCUUGGGGGAAAACAUCUCUGUUCCCUUUACUUUCAGGUUAAAAAUGUUUCUGACUUGCUUGCAGCUUCCUUUAUGGCCUUGAUCUUAUUGAGGGAUAUAAGCUGAAGACAGAAGUCUCUAACGUAUAGAACUGUUAAGUGUAGGCCAGCUCUGACAGGGCUGCCUGCGCUCAGAGGCCACUUGGCAGCCCUGUGCUGAAUGAGGGCCAACGACAGCGAAGCAGAAAUGGCUUUCGAACUUGGUGUUACUUUUCUUAAGUUGUUUAUAGUUCAGCAAUUUCGAACAUGCUCCAAAGAAAAAUGUGAAAGGACUUUCUGUCACAGCACUUAAGAAAACACAAAACCACCCCCCCCACCCCCUCACAGAAAUGCUGCAGAGUGUAAAACUUGAGACAUUUUGUAGGACGCCUGAUAAAGUGUAGCCUUUUAUCUUGUUUCAGGAUGCAUAUUUAUUUCAAGUACUCUGGUUAAAUACUGAAGUUACAUGCUGUAGUUUAGCAUUUUGCCUUUGUAAUUUACAGAAAAGUAUUGCAGAAAAUAAACUUUUGUUUCCUUUUGCA